CCAUUUGAGAUUCGACUGAUUCGGGCAUAACGCGAACGAGAAAGGCGAGAAAGCUCAGAAAGCCAUAGCCAGGCCAUAGCCCUGCAACUGGAGAAUUUUGUUUUGGUGGUCCGAAUUUGUUACUUUUCACUUUUCCAACGAUGCAUCAACCCGCGCCACCAGAAAACCAUGAAGGGGGUCCGGUUUUGUUCAAAGAUGGAUCCGCCGCCCCGUAUGCCGGUGACCUUGUGAUGACAAACGUCACAAGAAAUGGACAUCUGAUGGAUGGUCUCCCUGAGGCUCUAUUUUGCUCCAUCUGCCAUUGGAACGACUUGGGACUGCAAUAUUCCGGCCCUCAGUCAAGAAGGGCUAUCAUUAAGCAGAGGGCAAUCAACGCUGUAGUGAACGCCAGGAAACUGGAGUUUUAUCCAAAUAGAGCAGAUGGACAACAUACCAUACAAGAAGUCCCCAUGUUUGUUCGUCGAAACUUGGAAAAUCUUCAUUUAAUGCCCCUACGAAUGGUCCCCAUCCUGGCCUACCAUAUGAGUAUGACAUACUCUAUCAACGAAGACCUCCGCCAGCUCCGUCAAAGAAUGAGGACCGAGUUCUUGCAGCGAGGCUUUGAUCUGCAACUGGGCGUAAUUGUUGCACCUUUGCCAGGUGAUCAAGCUCAAGGUGGGGCCUUGUUGCAAGGAGUCGCGCCGCAAGGAGCCGCGCCGCAAGGAGCCGCGCCAAACGGAGCUGCGCCGAACGGAGCCGCGCCGCAAGGAGCUGCGCCGCAAGGAGCCGCGCCAAACGGAGCCGCGCCGCAGGCCAUUGUAAUCCAAGGACAGGGUCUGGUUCAUCAACAGUUUGCUCUACACGAUCAUGGAGAUGCUCCUCAAAUGCAGCAAGUUUUGCUGCCAGCUCAGGCUCAGAAUGGUGGGCAAGCGCCGGGAGCUGCUGGAGACGGAGACUUUGCUUGAGUUUUUUGAAUGGGAUUUUGAAUGAAGACCAAAUAAACUAAAUUUUUUCUGUGUUCGAUUCUUGAGAAUCUUUUCUGUAAAUUGAACGAUUAUUACCCUGCAAAUAAAAAGUGCCAGACAUAUC